GUGGUGGGUGCUCAAAGUUCGACGUCCGACGAGGUUCGACGCCCGCYGAGGUUUGAUGUGGAGCCAGGUUCCGUGGGCAGCAUGGUUCGAUGUUAUACGAGGUUCCAUGUGCAACAAGAUUGUGACGAAGUGCUUUUUAUCCGUUCGAAGAUCGGGAUGGACGUUUUUUCGAUCGGUUGUGCUUUUUAUCCGUUCGAAGAUCGGGAUCGUCACUUUUUAUCCGUCCGACGAAGGAUUCUCCACGAUCGUUCUCCACGAUCAAUUAGCACAGAACAGUCGAUCGGCUGCUCGGUUGGUGGUUGGUGUGGUGGUUGAUCAACCAGCAGAGCAAUCGCCAACCGAGUUGUCGACCAAUCAGUUGAUCCUGGCAGAUUUCCUGACCGAUCGACGGUUCGGUCGAGGACUGUCAGAGGACGAUGGCGGUGAUUUCGAUGACGGCGAUGAUGUCGCUGAUGAUGAUGAUGCUGUUGAUGACGUUGAUGAUGUUGAUGAUGAUGUCGAUGAUGAUGACGAUGUUGAUGACGGUGACGAGGUUGAUGAUGAUGUUGUUGAUAAUGAUGAUGAUGUUGAUGAAGAUGAUGAUGAUCACGAUGACAAUGAUGGUGAUGAUGAUGAUGAUGAUGAAGAUGAUGACGCUGAUGGUGGUGGCGACGAUGAUGGUGAUGAUGGGGGCGAUGAUGUAGUGAUGAUGGCAAGCAAGAAUCACGGGGCCGCUCGCGAGGAAAUAACGAGCGGGAAUGAGAAGGGGACACAAAAACCAUGUGGCCCAAUGUCACCGACAUCCUUUCCCUCCGUCCCCGCGACUUGAAACAGGUGGCGCGACGCGGCCGCUCCCAUGGGCCGGCAAACAUGCCUGACACGAGGGCAGGCAAAACAACACUUUACGUUGAAGAGGGCACAACGCACACGAUGGCGCUGCUCUUUGACGGCUUACAUUUCUCUCUGAAUUAUCAUGUGUGUGGCAUCGAGUCAGACUCUUCGAACUUACAGAAGGAUCUGCCCCUUUGCCAAGGUUAUUUCUUCAGAAUAAAGAGCAGAAAGAGAC